AUGUCUGACGCCGGCGAGAUCGAGGUCGAGAACUCCGCCCUCUAUGAGGUGCUCCCCAAGGAUGUUGUCAAGGAGGUUGGCAAUGUCAAGCUCUUCAACAAGUGGGACUACGAUGUCGAGGUCCGCGACAUCUCCCUGACUGACUACAUUUCCCUGCGAAACCCCGUCUACGUCACCCACACUGCUGGCCGUUAUGCUACAAAGCGAUUCCGCAAGGCCAACUGCCCCAUCAUUGAGCGAUUGACCAACUCUCUGAUGCACCACGGCCGCAACAACGGAAAGAAGCUUAUGGCUGUCCGAAUUGUUGCCCACGCCUUCGAGAUCAUCCACCUCAUGACCGAUCAGAACCCCAUCCAGGUCGCUGUCGACGCCAUCGUCAACUGCGGUCCUCGCGAAGACUCUACCCGAAUUGGUUCCGCCGGUACCGUCCGACGACAAGCCGUUGAUGUCUCUCCCCUCCGCCGAGUUAACCAGGCUAUCUCUCUCCUCACCACUGGUGCUCGCGAGGCCUCUUUCCGCAACGUCAAGUCCAUUGCUGAGUGCCUUGCUGAGGAGCUGAUCAACGCUGCCAAGGGUUCCAGCAACUCUUAUGCUAUCAAGAAGAAGGACGAGUUGGAGCGUGUGGCCAAGAGCAACCGAUAA